AUGAAUCUGAACGAUUUUUCCAAACAGGAUUUUUCACUCAGAUCCGAUGGAAGGUCAACGAGAGGAAAGGAAGGCGGGUUUGCUGGUCCCAGUGACGAGCGAGAGUCCGGUGAAGUGGAUGGAGAGGCGGGAGAGGCGGGAGAGGGGGGAGAGGGGGAAGGGGCAAGAGCGGCGGUACCGGAAAGUGUUGAACGGGAGGAAGGAGUGGCAAUGGAGGAAGGGGAGGAAGGAGAGCAAGGGGAGGAAGGAGAGGAAGGGGAGGAAGGAGAGGAAGGGGAGGAAGGGGAUGCAGGAGAGGAAGGAAAGGAAGGAGAGGAAGGGGAGGAAGGAGAGGAAGGGGAGGAAGGAGAGGAAGGGGAGGAAGGAGAGGAAGGGGAGGGACGCGAGGAAGGGGAGGAAAUGGAGGAUGGAGAGGAUGCAGAGGAAGUAGAGGAAGAAGAGGCAGUUGAGAAAGGGGAAGAAAUGGAGGAAGGAGAGGAAGGGGAGGAAGGAGAGGAAGGGGAAGCAGGUGAGGAAGGGGAAGCAGGUGAGGAAGGGGAGGAAGGAGAGGAAGGGGAGAUGGGAGCGUCAGGAGAGGAAGGGGAGGUGGGCAUCCGGGCAGAAGAAGUGGUGAGCGCGGGAGUGGAUAUGGAGGAAACAGAUGCACAGACGGCGGAGUUAAGUGAUGGAGCAGAACGUGCACGUGCAGCGUCUGCAGGCGAAGCAACAAUGGCAGCAUGCUAUGGAGCUGGGGAAGUUGGUUCGGGAGAAGCAGAGCGGGGAGCAUGGGAAGAAGCGUCAGGUGAUGAUGGAUCGGCGGAUCAAGAGCUGCGGACGGAGGAGCAACGUGCGAAUGGGGAGCAAGAGGGGAGCGGGGAGCAGCGGGGGAGGAGUGCAGGGCAACGGGGGGAUGCGGAGCAGAGGGCUGAUGACAACGGGAGAAUGCGCGAGACGAUUGAUCUAAGUGGGGAGGACGACGACGAUGUGCUCGUUCUCUCUCCCGAUGCUGUACGCUCUCUGCACUUUGGCUUCUGCAUGGCAAUGAGAGUAUGCUGCCCUCCCGCCCUUCCCUCCUUGCUGCUCGCCCUUCCUCUUCGCCCGUUGCCGUUCUGUCUUCACCCGUCGUCCGCCCCUUCCCUGUCACGCGUUCCCUGUCUCCCUUCGCGCUUCAAGCGCCGCCCUUCUCUCUUCACCCGUCGCCCAUCCCUCUUUCCCUGGCGUGGGCAGAACACAGUGGUGUGGUGUGGUGUGGUGUGGCUCCAGCGUUACUUCAUGCCUGCACACUUCCACAAACCUGGCUUUCUUGUCAACUCAUGCUUGGCGCAUUCAUGCAAGCAGGUGCGGAGCGACGGCAGGCGCAGGAGCACGAGGGGGGGAGCACCAACGGGUGCAGGUCAGAGUGGUGGUGGUGGUGGUGGUGGUGGUGGUACGGGUGUGCGCCAGUUCUUCAUGCCUGCGCGCUCCUCCUCCUCCUCGCGUGCAAAUGCUUCCAGCACUCAUGCGCAGGCUCGCCGAGUCACGCGGCAGGCAGCUGGUAUGCUGUGA